AUGGCGGUCCUUUCGACAAUGCAACCUAUUCCCACUGAGAUUGACUCUGCAACAAUUCAUAUGGCGCAACCCAUCGAUCAGGACUUCGGCAAACAACAUAUCGCCCCACGUUCCUCUGCGCUUAUCACGUUUAUGACUCCGGUCAUAGACCUCUCCCUUGAUACCCUCCCGUCAACACCUUCUUUACACGAAAUUACCGCGAACACCUCGUCUUUCAUCAUUGCCGACAAUCACAUGGACCAUCAGCAUGGCAGUGCUCCGAGUGAUGGCGAGACAGUUUGGUACUGCAGCAACUGUGGUAACGGUCCGAUGGGCACCUGGUACACCGCCUGUCCCUGCUGUAACCACCCGUACUGUAGUGCUUGCACCGUGGAACAGAAUUAG